AGCAUUAAUAUAUUUUUUUUUUCAUAAUUUGGGGGUAUCACGUUCCAUCAUCUCCGAUGGAGCCAAAAUUUCACCAUUUUUUGGCUUUGGGGUGUGAUGGAAUAAAUCAAAAUGGAUCUCUAAACUGUCUGCGCUUCUUUAAUUAAUGAAGUAGCAGUUAGUCAAGCAAUGCAACUUUCGACGUUGAGCCGGGGGUCUCUUUGGAAACAGCCUCUCUACUUUCGAGUAGGGGCAAGGUCUGCGUACACACACCCUCCCCAGACCCAACUCUUGUGGGAUUUAACUGGGUUGUUGUUGUUGUAAUUUGGGGGNCCCCACAGCCCUUGCACACCAUUUUGACACCCUAUCCCUCCGUGAACCCUCUUGGUAUAUGGACACCAGUGCAUCCCAUCAUAUUGCCUCUGACCCAGAAGAAGAAGAAGAAAACAAAGUCCUUGCUUAAUUCAGUGCUAUUAUGGCUUCAAAGCAACAGAUUAGAAGAGAGAACCAGACUGACGAAAGAUCAGCCCAAGUUGAGAAGGACAGAGUCCCGAAAAUGGCCAGCCAAUUCGAGGCCAUGGCCGAGAAGUCUCCGGAAACCACCGCGGGUAUCCAUCCGGCCGCCAUCCACGUCACGGAUACCGUGACCACGGCGGAAGGCAAAGGCGGGCGUGAAAGGGAAGCCCACGACACAAAGAACAGAGGAACCUCAAUUGGCCAUGGCCAGCAACAUCCGGUUAAAGUUGGCGGGGUGGAGUUCUGUUGCGGCCAGGCGCUGGCUCCCGGCCAUCAAGUGUUUAAAGAGAAGCCCGGCGGCGUGAGAUUUGAGGCGGCUAGCGGUGGCGGCGGUGGCGGACUGGGGAAGAACAACAAUGAUAAAGAAAGUUUGGAAGAGAUAGGAAAGGCCCGACAAGCGGCGCAGCAGAACUCUAUAAAUUCCCUUCUAGCGGCUCAGGAGAAGUACGAGACCGCCGGAGAAAAGGCGAAGGGCACCACCAAGGAAGGGUCUCAAUAUGUCCUCGAAAAGGCCAACGCCGCGAAGGACACUGCCCUUCAGAGGGGUCAACAAGCCUAUGAGAUGACAAAAGAGACUCUCUCGGGUGCUGGCAAAACAACCAAGGACUACACCGCCCCCAAGACGGACCAGCCGAAGGACGCCCUCACGAAGGCCGGCGAGGUCGCGAAGGAGUACACCGUAUCCGCGAAGGACCGCGGAGCCGAACUGAGCAAGAGCGCCGCGAGCUACGCAGGGCAGAAGGCGGUGGAGGCGAAGGACGCCACGGUGGAAGGCGGGAAAGUGGCGGCACAGUACGCCGGGAAGGUGGCGGAGACGGUGAAGGAUAAGGCGACCGUCGCCGGUUGGGAGGCUGCUCGUUUCACGGCCGAAAAGGCUGCCGGCGCCACCAACGUUGCCGCCGGAGUGGCGGCAACCGCGGCAGGGUAUGCCGGAAAAACUGCUGUUGCCGCCAAGGACGUGGUGGCCGGGGCCGGGAAGAGUGCGGCGGGUUACGCUGGCGACAAGCUGGCUGCUGCGAAGGAUUAUGUGGUGUCCGCUGAAGAAAGCGCGGCAGAGUAUGCCGCUAGAAAAAAAGCUGAAGCUCAGAGAGAAGCACAUGCUAAGAAAGCUGCAGACUCCAAGGGAGAAGGCGGAGGGGGGAGCGUAUUCCGCAGGAAGCAAGAAACAGCAAGUGGAGGAGAAGGGAGGAAGACGAGGGAAAUGGCGGUGGGGGCACCCACGGUGGUGGUGUCAGAGGGAGGCGGCCAGGAAAGCGGGGGUAUUCUCCAGGCCAUUGGGGAGACUAUAGUUGAAAUUGGCCAGACUACUAAAGGGCUUGUCAUCGGCAGUCCUAUGGAUGUUGAUGAUGAUGACGAUGAUCUGCGGCGGAGCUAUGAUGACACCGCGGGUGCCACCGGAAGGAGUGAAGAGAUGAAAGGGCAUGUUCGUGACGGGAAGAAGUAGCUAGCCAGCAGUAGGUGUUUUGUAAUGGAAACUGUGGUAUGAGCAAAUAAGUGGUGAAUGUUGUGAUUAUGUCUUGUGCAAUAAUAUUAAGAAAAACAUUAUUCAGUGAUUUGCUAUGUUAUGAAACUGAUCUUGAAGUACUAAGAACAUACAAAGUGCUAGUCUACUAAAAACCAUGUUUUCCU